AUGACGCUGCCUAAAGCUGAACGCAAACGGCGCAAGGGCGCCAACCGUCACAACCCGCUGCACGAGGACGUCCUGGAUGCGCAGGGCGUUCCAUUGCCGGGGGGCGCUAUCAAUGCACUCCGCAACAAGAAAACAAGAGAAGCGGUGGAAGAUGCGGAAACGGUGGAGGCGACGACUCGAGAAGAGGCAGGGGAGGAUGGAAUGCUGCCGCCGAAGCUGGGCAAGAAACUGCUGAAGCUCGUUGAAGAACAGCAGAAAGACGAAGGCAUUGCGGACGGAUCAGACGAAGACGAGAAUGUGUCUGGUUUGGAGGAGGAGGCAGACAAAGAUGGCUUUGUGGUGCUGGAUUGCGAAGAGGAUGAAGAAGAUGUUGCCUUUUACAAACAGAAGGGUGAUGAGAUCCCUCGAGGCACAAUCAACUUGGCGGAUCUCGUGAUGGAACAACUCCGCAAGCAGACAGAGAGCGCGCCAGACAAGCAAGAGGAGCCCGAGUCCAGCUUGUCGCCUAAAGUCGUCGAGGUGUACACGGCAAUGGCACCGUUCCUUGCGCGCUACAGAAGCGGAAAAGUCCCGAAGGCCUUCAAAAUCAUACCCCGAUUACAUGCUUGGGAGGAGGUUCUCGUGCUGACUAACCCACCCAUGUGGUCAAAGCAAGCAACAAGGGAAGCCACGCGAAUUUUUUGCAGCAACCUGCGAGAAGCAAUGGCCCAGAGAUUCCUGUGCACAGUGCUGCUUCCGGCAGUGCGCGACGAUAUUGCCGAAAACAAAAAGCUCAACUGCCACCUGUACAUGGCCCUCAAGAAGUCGCUGUUCAAGCCAGGAGCUUUCUUCAAGGGCAUUUACCUCCCGCUAGCUCUGAAUGGAUGUACCAUAAGGGAAGCUAUCAUCGUGGGUAGUGUUGUCGCCAAGGUCUCCAUUCCAGUUCUGCACGGAGCAGCGGCGCUGUUCCGGUUGGCUGCGGUUGAGCCUAAUCAGUGGAUUCCGUCAGUCAGCCUCAUGAUGACGGUUCUGAUUGACAAGAAGUACUCCUUGCCUAUCCAGGCAAUUGAUGAAUGCGUCAACCACUUCCACCGGUUUCUUUCGAGUGAUGUGAAAGUUACGGUGGCCUGGCACAAGUGCCUUUUGGUAUUAGUACAGCGCUACAAAGUCAACCUGACAGCGUCUCAUAGAGCGAAGCUCAAGGAGGUCCUAAAGGUCUAUUUCCACGAUAAAGUUGGGCCUGAAAUCCGUAGGGAGCUAGCGGCGCAGCAGCCCGCAUUGUUAUUGGAGCAGCAGCAGCGUGCACUGCUCGCACUUGCAGAAGAACAAAAGCAAGUAGAAGCAAUAGAAGUCGACUGA